UGGCCGCUGCACACAAAUACCAAAAUAGGAUCUGAGCUGCCAGCGACCGUCCUGCAGCAGCUAAAUUGAGGGUCGUUUGUUUUUGUAAGAGACGAGGACACACAGGCGAGUGUCCGUGUGGAACAGCACCUAUUAUCCAUGGCUACGAGAUGAGAGACACCAUGAUGUCACACAAAGAAAGCGAAAUUUACACAUACGACUUCUGUGACGCCGAACAUCCAGCCCAGGUCCUCGACACUCUCAGGCAUUUCUACAUCAGCGGCCUGUUCACUGACAUUUCUCUCCAAUGCGAUGAUUCGGGACAGGUGUUCCACUGCCACAAAGCACUGCUGUCGGCUCGCAGCUCCUAUUUUAAAGUCAUGUUCACAGCUGAUAUGAGGGAGAAGUCAAACAACAGCAUCACAUUGACAGGGGUGGACUGUGAGGUGCUGGGUGCUCUGGUGAACUACGUGUACACAGCUCAGCUGUGCAUCACUGAGAGUAAUGUGCAGAGCCUGCUGGAGGCCGCAGACCUCCUGCAGUUCAUCUCCGUCAAACAGGCCUGUGAGGAGUUUCUCAUUCGCCUCUUGGAUGUGGACAACUGUCUGGGAAUCCACGCUUUUGCUCAGCUGCACCUCUGUACCAGACUGGAGAGGGAGGCCCGUAGAAUGAUGCUGAGCAGGUUCACAGAGCUCGUGCAGCAGGAGGAGUUCAUAGAGCUGGACCAUCAGAGGAUGAGUUUGGUUUUGGCAGGCCAGAACCUCACGGUGCAGAGGGAAGAUGUGCUGAUAGAUGCUGUUGUUAAAUGGGUAACCCAUGACUUGGAUAAUCGGGUUCAUCAUGCUGUAGACUUGCUGCACUCCAUCCACCUGGACUUGGAUGAGAUUUAUUUUAAGGCUACUUUGGAGGUGCGCAGGCAAUGCUUGCUGCGGAAUGAGGACACAUUUAAGUCUAUAAUAAAUAAGGCUUUAAGGUCUAAAGGGAAGGAGAUGUCCGAGAGUAGAAAAAUGUCUUCCAGCAUGUAUCUCAUCGGUGGAUACUACUGGCACCCUCUUUGUGAGGUCCACAUCUGGGAUCCAGUCAGUAACACAUGGGUGCAAGGAAAGGAUAUGCCCGACCAUGCAAGAGAGAGUUACAGCAUUAGUUCACUUGGAGCAAAUAUAUAUGUGACUGGAGGUUACAGAACAAACACGGUUGAGGCCCUGGACACUGUUUCGAUUUAUAACUGUGACUAUGAUGAAUGGACUGAAGGCUGCUCCAUGCUAACAGCGAGGUACUACCAUUGUUCUGUGGCUUUGCAUGGCUGUAUUUACGCCAUCGGAGGCUACAGAGGAGGAGCCCCAGAGCAAGAGACUGAGUUUUAUGACCCUUUGAAAAAGAGAUGGUUUCCUGUGGCCAAAAUGAUCCAAGGUGUAGGAAACGCCACCGCCUGUGUAGUCGGGGAUAAAAUCUAUGUGAGUGGAGGCCAUUAUGGGUACAGCGGGAGCUCCACCUGUGAAAAAAUCCAGGUGUACAAGCCAGAUGUCAAUGAGUGGAGUAUCAUUACAAUAAGUCCACAUCCAGAGUAUGGGCUGUGCUCUGUGUCUCUCAACAACAAGCUGUAUUUGGUGGGUGGACAGACGACGAUCGCAGACUGCUACGACACAGAGAGAGACGAGUGGAGACCAAUAUCAGUGAUGAAGGAGAGGAGGAUGGAGUGUGGGGCUGUGGUGAUAAAUGGAUGUAUUUAUGUAACAGGGGGAUACUCCUAUUCAAAGGGGACUUACUUGCAGAGCAUUGAGAAGUAUGACCCUGAGCUGGACUCGUGGGAGAUUGUGGGGACUCUUCCCAGCCCAACCAGAUCCCAUGGAUGUGUUUGUGUUCACAGUGUUUAAUGUCAGGCCUAUAUCACACAUGUCAUGUUGUGCCAAAUUAAUGCAAAUGUGCACUCUAUUCUGUUAGAGUGUGCAGCUGUCAGGUAACUGUCAGGUCAGAUGCCAAGCGAUAGUGUUUAUGCUGGAUAAAUGUCUUUGGAGAACUAUACAUUUGCCAAAUUUAGCACAUAAGAACAACUGUGUAACAUAAACUCAGGGACUACUAAUAUUUUACUAAACCACCAUGACUAUGUUUGACUCUCAUACCAAUGAUGCACCAGGACACUUCAAAGCUUCUAUUCUUUCUGAAGCUCCAGCACCAGACUAUUAAAUAAAAUGCAACUGCGAUAAGAUUCCUGCUUAAGUUUAAUAAUCAUAAUACAAUUUAGAAUUAAUAUAAGAUUAACCAGCUACUGAUAAGGUUUUCGUUUGGUUCCAACACUGUUGCAAUGAAUUGUUUUAUUCACAGAGGGUGUAUUAUGUACAGUAUUUGCAGUAACUGUUUUACAGAGGUGCUUAUUCACUGUUGAGAUACUGUACUCAUGCACUAUUGUACUGAGCAAUAUGCUGUAUUAAUUAUAAUAUUGGUGGCAAUAGGCUAACCAAAAGUGUUUACCAGCACUAGUAACAAACUCCAUCCUGCAAUGAUAAUAAUUCAUACCUCUCUAAAACAAGUUCAGCAAAACAAAAACUUUCACAGUUGCUGGAUUUAUUGUUGAACUACUGCAUUCAUUUUAUCAUUAUACUGUAUUAAAUAAAAUAGGUUAAAAAAACAGAAGAUAAAAUGUGAUGUAAUAUUUAAAUGUGUAA